AUGGAAGUCAGCCACUCCGUCAAGGAGCGCACCAUUGCCGAGAACAGCCUGGUCAUCCUGCUGCAGGGCCUGCACGGCCACGUCACCACCGUGGACCUCCGUGAUGAGAGCACGGCCACGGGGCGCAUCACCAACGUGGACGCCUUCAUGAACGUGCGGCUGGCUGAGGUGACCUUCACGGACAGGCAAGGCACAGUGUCCCACCUGGAUGAGCUCUUUGUGACUGGCAGGAAAGGACCCGUCGUCCCCCAUCCUGUUGACUACGUCCACAUCCCUGAUGAGGUGGACAUCAGGGCCACUAUUGAGCGGCAGCUGCAGGCCAUCCACAGGGUCCGCUACUUCGGAAGCCGUGACAAGGGCAGGAAGGAGUUCCCUCGCGCCAAGCACAAGUGA